ACGCGAUCCCUGGUGCAGGCUUGCUUACGACACCACCCCUGACGUGUGCUGCUAGGGCUCAUAAAAGGACUGAGCCAGCCGCAGGUGCUGCCAGACCUCAGAAGCAGCGAACUUGUCAGUGCCUGCAGAGGACCUAGCACCACAGCCCACAGCCAUGGGCCGGGACUUGAAGGUGAAGAUGCUGGGGGGCCAAGAGUUCAUGGUGCCCAUCAGUGACUCCAUGCUGGCAAUGGAACUGAAGCAGAAGAUCACCAAGAAGAUCGGUGUGCCUGCCUUCCAACAGCGCCUGGCUAUCCACCCAAGCGGCACAGUGCUGCAGGACAGAGUCCCCCUUGGCCACCAGGGCCUGGACUCUGACAGCAUAGUCCUGCUGGUAGUGCAAAGUUGCGACAGCCCCCUGAACAUCCUGGUGAGGAACAACAAAGGCCGCAGCAGCUCCUACGAGGUCCGGCUGACGCAGACGGUGGCCCAUCUCAAGCAGCUGGUGUCCCAGCAGGAGGGUGUGCAGGCUGACUUGUUCUGGCUGUCCUAUGAGGGGAGAGACAUGGAAGACCAGAAACCACUGGGGGAAUAUGGCUUGAUGUCCCAGAGCACGGUGUAUAUGCAUUUGCGCCUGCGGGGAGGGUAAGGAAGGGUUUGGGAGUGCCAGCACCCAGUGCCUGACCAGGAUCAAUCGCCAGUAAUAAAUGUUGAGGCAAAGAGAAAUUGUCAUCUUUGCAUCCUUGGCCUCCAGCACUCCCCUCAUUGCCUCCCUCAUUCUGUACCCCUGCUAAUAAGGUUGGGGAGGGAGCUGGGGGAAAGAACCCAUCUGUGUUGACUAGUCCUGCAUUACCAAAUAAAAGGCUUCACCCUUA